AUGGAAUUCUCAGAAGAAUGGAAAUCCUUCUUCCCAAUAGGAAUAGGAGCAUCCACUGUAUCCCCUCUUCUUCAGUCCCAAUCUCUCCCAGUGGGUCCUCUUCUCUUCACCCCAAACCCUCACUCUCUCACCCCUCUCUUCUCUUCUCCCUCUCUCUUCCCCUCUCUCCCUCUCCAUCUCCCUCCUCACCUCUUACCCUCUCGCUUCGUUCUCUCUUCCCACCCUUCCUCCAUACUUCCCUCCACCGCUUCCUCUGUUGCUUCUCAUUCCCACCACGACCCUGCCACCCACUUCCUCCGCAACCGUCUCCACCUCCUCCAUUACCCACAUUGCCCAAAAGUAGUCGUUCUCUUUCCAACUGGUCCCAACGAUGACAAAAUCGGUUUUUUUAUGCUGGGCGUCAAGGAUUCCCGCUUUCACAUUCAGCUUGACACCAAAGGUGACGUUUUUAUGGCUUCUACUGGCUCUGUACACCGCAUCUUGAGGAUUUCUGUGAACCCAGUUGCUGAUUUUGGUCUCGGAUUGACCUCUGAUCCUUGUCCUCUUAUUGGGUAUUUGUUGGCUUCUACUCUCUAUUCUGUUCAUUGGUUUGCCGUGAAGCACAAUUCCGUUUUGGAGAGGCCCAGUGUGUUUUAUUUGGGUGGUAAAGCGUUUAAGACUUGCCCCGUUGUGCAUACUUCUUGGAGUCCUCAUAUAUUGGAAGAGAGCCUCGUUCUGCUGGAGAAUGGUGACUUGUUCUUGUUUGAUUUGGAGUCUCAGGGUUUCAAAGGGACUAGGUUGAGGGUACCCUGGAAUGAUUCAGAAAACAAGGUGUGGUUGAGUUGUGAGUUUAGUUGGCACCCGAGGAUUUUGAUUGUUGCACGUUCUGAAGCCGUUUUUCUGGUUGAUUUGAGGUUAAGAGAAUGUAGUGUGAGUUGCUUUAUGAAGAUUGAGACUCUGCGAAUGUAUGUUCCAGGUGAAAAUGAGGAGUUUCUUGCUUUGUCAAGGGCUGGUCCUGACAAUUUCUACUUCACUGUGGCUUCUACCAGUCUUUUACUUCUCUGUGAUGUGAGGAAGCCUUUGGUGCCAGUGUUACAGUGGAUGCAUGGUAUUGAAGGACCGUGCUAUAUGACUGUAUUAAGCUUGUCUAUGUUGAGGUCCCACUCGAAGGAAGAUACUUUUAAGUUGGCUUCUGAAUCUGGAUUUUGCAUUAUAUUAGGAUCAUUUUGGAAUUGUGAGUUCAAUAUCUUCUGCUAUGGAUCUGUAUUGCCAUUUCGAAAAGCAUCCCUUGCUUCAAAGCUGUCGAAGAUUAGCACAGGUAUCUGUGCUUGGGAACUUCCCUUUGAGAUUAAUUUAACUGGUCACGAGUGUCGUUGUGGAAGUUGUCUCUUGAGGGAAGAGUUCUCGAAGGAUGCUCUUCCUGAGUGGAUUGAUUGGCAGCUGAAGAAAGAGAUAGUUUUGGGAUUUGGAAUUCUAAGCAAUGACCUUGCUGCCUCACUAUGUGAACCAGAUGAAAAUGGUGGUUUUACACUGAUAAGGCUGAUGUCAUCAGGAAAGUUUGAAUUGCAGAGAUAUUGUGCCUCUUGGGCUCUGGCUAGAAACUUAGAAGAUUGCCAUGAACAAGAGUUAUGUCUGGACAGACAGUUACUGUAUCCCAUGAGUGAUGAGAAAUACAGAUUUCCAAAAUUUUUUCACUACUUAAGAUUGGAUUACCUUCAUGCAUAUGCAAGUGGUAAUCUCACUCUCUUCCUAGUUAGAAAACUUAAAAAGACCCAUAUAGAUGCUCAGGACAAGGAACUUUUUUGUGCAGAAGUGCAUGAGUUACUGUGUGAGAAGUUAAAUGCUUGUGGGUUUGGCCAAUCAAGAUCAUGUCCUGCAGUUACUUCUGUUUUUAAAGAUGUCAAGCUACCGGCAAGCUUACAUGAGGUUGCUUUGAGAAGGUUGUGGGCUGACUUGCCUUUGGAGUUAUUACAGUUGGCAUUUAUGAGUUCUUCUGAAUUUGGUGAAGUUGUUGGAGACCGGGGCCGAAAUAGGGUAGCUUUGGAAUUUUUAGCUGUUCCAGACCUUCCUCAAUUGCCUCCAUUCUUUUUAAGGAAUACUUCACAGCACGGCAAUGAUGACAUUGUGGGUCCAGUUAUACCUUUUCCUGUUCUACUUGUGCUUAAUGGAUUCCGCAAUGGGUACUCAGAUUUGGAAGGUGAAUUUUCAAUAGAAGCAGAGCUUGACCUCAAAUACAAAGAAGUUAUGCGGGUGGCUGAUGAGAUUGCUGUUCCAGCUUAUGGCCCUACACACCUUCAUGAUCAUGCAGUCUCCCUUGCUGAUGAUGGAGACGAAACCUGGGCUGAUUCUUCAAAACCAAAAUCUUUUUUGUUAUAUCGUCCAGUUGCAUUCAACUGCUCUGCUACAGACCUUGUACAGGGAAACUCUGUUUAUAGUGAUACAAUUUUUGAUUCAUUUAUUGUUCGAGUUCCAGAGAAGAAGUCAAAUGAGCAGACUGAAUCUGUCGGACAAGAGAUAUUUGAUGAUCUUUCCCCUGUUCAGUUGAGGUUUGAUGUUCCCGUGAAGAAACUUGAACCUCAGGGUUUAAAAGCAUACAAUCUAUUGAAGAGACAGAUGUCUAAAUGGCAAGAAAAUUUUGAUUCAUAUAAGGAAUUUUGUAUUCAAUCUAGAUUUGAAAAGUAGGUAACAGGUGAUCCCUCCCUAGGCUACCAGAGGUCUGCAUGUUAGACUUUCAUGCCCUAAUGCCAAGUGAUGGAAGUUACACAGAACUGAAGUUUGUAGAAUUAUUGGAUGCUGUGAUUGCCAUGGGAAAGACUACUUUUGAUAGAGUAAGCAUGCAGUCAAUGCUUGCCUACCAAACUGGUAAUCUUUCCCAGGUUGGUGCAAGCCUUGUGGUUGAGCUUGUAGAGGGAAAUUCAGACAUGGCUGGUGAGCUUCAGGGGGAAGCUCUGAUGCACAAAACAUAUGCUGCUCGCCUUAUGGGUGGAGAGGCAUCAGCCCCUGCUGCUGCAACUUCAGUUCUAAGAUUUAUGGUUGAUCUGGCCAAGAUGUGCCCCACUAUCGGAGGUAUUCCAUGCUUUGGACGUCUCUGUGGAGAUAUUUAUAUAUGCAAGCAAGGUGUGAUUGGAGAGACUAUCCGCCCUAUUGGUGGGGUGGAACUUGUCCUUGCUCUUGUUGAAGCAGCAGAAACUAGAGAUAUGCUGCACAUGGCCCUUGCUCUACUUGCCUGUGCACUUCAUCAAAAUCCUCAGAAUCUUAAGGACAUGCAAACAUAUAGGGGCUACCAUCUACUUGCCCUUUUUCUGCGUCGUAGAAUGUCAUUAUUUGACAUGCAAUCUCUUGAGAUCUUCUUUCAAAUUGCUGCUUGUGAAGCUUCUUUUUCUGAACCAAAGAAAUUGGAGACUACUCGGACUACUUUGUCUCCUGUUUCAUCUCUGCAGGAAACAAGUCUUGAGGAUAAUUUUUUCUUGAAGUUUCAUGAUGACAAAUCUUCAGUUGGAUCUCGUGGAGACAUGGAUGAUUUUUCUGUGCAAAAUGUUUAUUUAGUCGCAUUUCAGAGCUGGAAAAUACUGACAUUUCUGCUGAAACUUCAAAUUGCAUUGUCUUGUCAAAUGCAGACAUGGUUGAACAUGUUCUAUUGGAUUGGAUAUUAUGGGUAACUGCCCGAGUUUUAAUCCAGAUAGCUUUUCUCGGAUUUCUUGAAAAUUUAUUGGACAUGUUUU